AUGGUUAAACGAUUAUUUGGAUUGAGCAAGCAAUCUUCCAAGAAGAGCUCAUCUUCAGCCAAUCCUACGGCAACAAGAAAUCAAGAAACUGAGCUUACAGAGCUCAAUGAAAGUAUCGCUAACGUGGAAUUGACCUCUCAAAGAGAAACAGCAAGUCAGCAUGACGACGAUGAUGUUGGGGAAACUGAGGAUUUUGCAUCUACUAAAUUAUCCUCAUCUGUAUUCUCUAAGAGUAGGAUGACAUAUGAAACAGGAAAUUCCUCAAAUAGGGCUUCCAGUCAUAAAGAUCAAACAGGCAAGACAAUAUUUGGAGACGUCGGAACUCCCUUGAGAGUCCUUGGAAUCGAUAAGAUGAAUCUUCUGAACCCCGUACUGGAAUCAAUGAAUGAGGGUGGAUUCGCAAAUGAUCAAGUACCGUCUGUAAGUGACACACAAACGACACCAAUCGUGAAGACUCAUUCUGUGGAAUUCAUUCAAAAGGAAUUAGAUAUAUUAGAAAGUAACCUUAUUGACCUAAUGGACGACGUGCAUCAGAAUGUGACGAAUAUUUCCAAAGCUGUCAUUCAAGCAAUUGAAUUCUUUAAAGAUUUUUCAAUGAAUGUGGAAAAUACUGUUCCUACCUUUACUUUUACCUUUUCCAACAAUGCCUCCAUACGGAAUAUUACCAAGAUUGUCUUGCAUUUCAUAGAUAACUUAUUAAUAUCUGAAGGAUUUAUUAAUUCGAGAUCAAUACUACUUCGGAGAUAUGUCUAUUUUGUUAAGCAACUGAAAAUAAAUGUUACUACUGAUAAUGAACCUGAAUUUUCACAAUUAUUGCCCCAUAUGACUAAUUUCUGCAUUACUGAACAAUUUAACAUUCCAAAUAUGAAUAAAAUAGAAAAAAUUAUGGACCAACUAAUAAAAUCAGAUUCAGCAGUUAUCUCUGAUCAGGAAGGAGCAUUUAUUGCACCUAUAUUAAGAGGGUUGUCUCCAAACUCUUCCAUUCUUACAGUUAUGUUUGGUAUACCGAAUGUUCAACAGGAACAUUUUGAGAUGGUUAAAGUCUUAUAUUCAUUAUUCCCAGAUGUUCAUUUCUACUGUGGCAAAGAUUCUAUAAAGGCGUGUGCUGAUGUAUUGUCACCCACGAAGGAAAAACUAGACAAUUCAAAAGUUCAAGAUAAUCUUACAAAGGAGGGGCUGGUACCAUCACAAUCCUAUCAGUUCACACCGCCCUAUAGAAUUACAAAGACUCCAUUUUCACCACCAAUAUCAAUGUCACUUUCAUCCAUGGGGAAUUCUAAAUUUACAGGUACAUUAGGUGGGUAUCUUUUCCCUCAAAUAGGCAAUGAUUCAAAAUUAUCUCAAUUUGCUGGUUCAUCAUUCGCCAUUACUUGUGCCCAUGUAGUGCUAUCUGAUUCUCGAGAUUAUCCGCAUAUUGCAACACCUUCAAGUGUGUUACAAUUUUCAUAUAAGGAAAUGUUGAAAAAUGAAGCAAAGAGAUAUCCCAAGGGCUCUAAUGAACAGAGUGCAUUUUUGCAAGAAGCCAAGAAGGUAGAGGAUAACAUGGAGUGGCAGAAUACAAAGAAAUUUGGACAAGUUGUUUGGGGAGAAAGAUCCAUUAUUAAUCAAAGAUUAUCCGAUUUUGCCAUUAUCAAAGUCAAUCCCGAAUAUAAAUGUAGAAACACACUUGGUUCUGACUUACCCUCGAUCCCUGAUCCAACUUUAAGGUUUCAAAACACUGUUGUCAAGAAGAAAGUGUUGAAAUUGAAACCAGGCAUGGAAGUGUUCAAGAUCGGGGCAUCAACGGGGUACACCACUGGGAAGGUAAAUGCGGCAAAAUUGGUUUAUUGGGCAGACGGUAAGUUGCAAAGUGGUGAAUUUGUUGUUUCUUCACCAGUACCAUUGUUUGCUAAUUCAGGUGACUCAGGUGCAUGGAUCUUAACCAAGUUGGAAGAUCAUGUGGGUCUAGGUGUUGUAGGAAUGUUGCAUUCUUACGAUGGCGAACAAAAGCAAUUUGGGUUAUUUACACCUAUCGGGGACAUUUUGGAAAGAUUGAAUGUUGUUACCGGGAUUCAAUGGGACAUUGAUAAUCCGAUUUAA